AUGUCUCUGCUGACCAUCCCUUCCUCCGCUUUGCCCAUCUCGGUUGCUUUCGCUGCCUUGAUCGCCUCCACCCAUGGCCUUGGCGAGGAUGCGCAAGUUGUUGUUGGUUACACCUCACUGUCCAUGACUGUAUCCGCAGAACAAUGUGACACGAGUGGUAUCCUCUUUAUGGCCAACGUUGCCCUUUUUAUCAUGCAUCGUCGACUCAUGCGCAGCACCAACAAGAUCAUCGCCAACCCUCCCAAAAACGACGUCAGCCGCCGCCCCAGCUACACCCUACAGCCUCAAAUGCUGGAUCUUGACCUGGUGGAUCCAAUUGAGAAUAACCGCGUCGAACAUGCCAUAACCACCUUUGAAGACUUGGUCAACAAUCUUCAGUCGGCAUAUGAGGAGGACGAUGACGGGUCCCGCCCGCGCCGUUCCACCUUGCGCCAGGUGUCUGACCUCGAGCUCAGCCGACUUGCUACCCCCGCGUCCGAAGCCAUGAGCGCUGAUGAUUCCCUCAACGAAACUCGAAGUGACGACGAUAUCGAUGAUGCGGCUGGCUUUGCCGGUCGACAUGCGCGCCUAGAUAGCGCAAGCCCAGAUCUCGACUCGAGUCACAUUCCUGCACACGACUCGCGUCUGGACACGCCCCUGGAGCCCAGCGCAUCUGCUAUCCUCAACUCGCGCCAGCAUUAUUCCAUGACAGGACAGACCCCUGGUCUCUCACCUCACCCUGUCAAUUCCAAUUGCGCGCAACGGCUGAAUUUAGAACCCUAUGCCAUGGCCGGUUUCGCCAACAUGCAAUUUUCCUCGCUUCCUGUUACUUCGCCGGCACCCAACAUGGUCAUGGUCACCCCACCCCAAAAUACUAUUCCGUACUCUGGUGAGGCUUUGAGUCUUGUAUCACCCCGCUCCGAGAGUUCCCCCUCCCAAAUGAAUACGUUGCCAUGA